GCGAUCUUUGGCGGUUGAGCCCGUGACAGCCUCAUAUUUCUUCGUAAAGCAGAUAAUCAUAACGGCACGCGUGGGGGCUUUUCCUGCUGCUGCUGGGCCACGACCUGCCCGCCGGGAUCGGCUCCAUGCCCCUCGGGGCCGGCCUGGGGGCCCCCGGGGCCAGCUUGGGGCCGGUCUGUGCCCGCUGGGGCUCAGAGUGCCAGCCUGCGUCCCUGGCAGAGCUGUUUGACAGGGUGAUCCAGCACGCCACCCACAUCCACAGCCUCUCCACUGACCUGCACAGCGAGGAGCAGAACGUCUUCUCCAGCAGGAAUCAGAUCGGCAGAGCCCAGCGGAGGUGUCACACCUCCCACAUCCUGCCUCCUGCUGGGAAGGAGAACGUGCAGAGCCUGGCAAGGGAGCAGCUGACGGCUGUGAUCCUGAAGCUCCUGCUGGCCUGGAGAGAGCCGCUGUCGCAGUUCCACCGGAACGCCGGGAAUGCCCAGGCCUCCAGCAGGGCUCGGGACAUGAGCCACAUGGUGCACCAGCUCCGGAGCGGAGUGGAGAAGGUGGCGGAAAGGAUGCAGCUUCUGGGCAUGCUCAGUGGCUUCCGGGGCGCCCCUCCCCCGGUGGGAGCCCCCCACCGCCCCUCCUCGGGCAGAGACGCCCCCCUCAGUGACCACAAGCUCCUGCCCUGCUUUCGCCGGGACAUGGACAAAGUGCACAGCCUCCUGAGGAUCCUGAAAUGCAGGAUAUUCCCGGAGCACGGAUGCUAAACCUGCGAGCCGGGAACGCUCAUCCCAAACUUCCCAAAGUCCGGAGAAGCCCGCUCUCAAACUCCGGUCCUGCUGGGCGGCAGCCGUCAGCGGGGCUUCCACCUCCGAGUUCAUUUCAGCCACUGAUUGGAUAGAUUCCUCCCACUUUGUUUUCAGAGCCUAAACUGGCCGCUGAUUGGAUGGGAACUACAGACACCGAAAAAUAGGGCAACAUUCUUAGACUGGGGUUGAAGGAAGUUGAAGGAAUUCUUACAAAAGAGUUGCAACUUCAAGUGUUGUUCUGAGUGACUGACGGGAAGGAACUACCAAAAUUGUUCAUUGUGUGGUGUAAUGUGUACUAUGGUCUUUAGUGUUAGGACAUUCAGCUGAACAUAGUGCAUGCAAGUGUCUGUGUCUGAUUUUAAUAACUUGAAUGAAGCAUGAAUCUUGGGCGAGAGAGAAACCAGCAUUUUUAUUUAUAAACGACAAUUUACAAAUAUAGUAAUUGUUUAUUCAGCAAAUAUAUACAUUUGAUGCUUUCAUUGAAUAUUUUUGUUCAACAGGAAGUGCGUUUUAGUGGGGAGAAAUGCACUGGCUUCAUCUCAUUUUACACCCACACGUUACACUGUCAACGUGUUCUCCUUUUAAUCCUUUUUACUGUAUCUGAAUAAUGUUAGUAAAACACGAGAUUGCAACAUUACCAUAACCCACCAAACUAAAAAAUAAAACACAUUGUGCUAGCCUGAAAAUACAGUAUUCCCUCAAAUUAAAGGAACAUAACACAUUAAUAGUAACAACUAAAAUGACUUAAUUAUUAGGUUUAUUAUGCAAACGGCAUUCCCUGUUAUACAGAACUGCUGUGAUUAAGAUAUUAAGAUGUCUUUGACGUUUCCUUUAACUUUAAGUGUUGGGUUUAUGUAUUCAUAAUCACAGUUCAGAAAAAAGAAAACAUGUUAAUUGAUUUGUGAAUGGAUUCAGUAAUAGUGACUGAGUUUAAACCAUGUGUCAUUCACCCUCUACCCUCACAAUGAAUAAAGAUUCAAACAGGCAUGCAAAAAUGUGACCUGUCCAUACUGUAUAUAUGAUUACUAAUAUCACAGACAAAUUGCUGUUGUCAGGACUUUUACUCAGUAAAUCUACAUUAAAAAAGAUGAAUCAUUAAAAUA